GCUGGUGGGAGGGAGGGGGAGAGAGCGGGCGAGCAAGCGGCCCGAGAGGGAGGGGGCGCGAGGCGUUGACCCGGAGCCCGGAGCUGCACGCGGCCGUCCCGCACCUGCGGCGAUGGAUGCGGAGGGAGCGCUGAACACCUUGCGAGGGGGCGACGCGGGGGCCAUCCAGAGGGUCCUGCGGGAGUACAGCGAAGAGCACAGAGCUACUUUCAAAUUCGACCCUGAGGAUGAAGAGAAGAGAAAGAAACUGUGUGAAGGGAUAUUUAAGGUCCUGGAGAAAGACAUCUCGACGUCAUGCCAGGUGACCUGCCUGGAAGCCCUGCGCAUCCUCUCCCGAGACAAAAAGGUCCUCGUCCCGGUCACCACCAAGGAGAACAUGCAGAUCCUGAUGCGGCUCGCCAAGCUGGACGACUCGGAGGCUUCUCUGGAGGAGGUGGCUGAUUUCCCCGUCAUCGUGGAGUCGCUGAAAUGCCUGUGCAACAUAGUGUUCAACAGCCAGAUGGCCCAAAAGCUCAGCCUGGAACUCAAUCUGGCCGCCAUGCUGUGUAACCUGCUGCGCAAGUGUAAGGACCAGCAGGUCAUCAGCGACAUUAAGUGCUUCGACCUGCGUCUGCUUUUCCUCCUGUCCCUCCUGCAGGCUGACAUCCGCUCCCAGCUGCGCUACGAGCUGCAGGGGCUGCCCCUGCUCACCCAGGCCCUCGAGAGUGCCUUCAGCAUCAAGUGGGCCGACGAGUACGAGGCCGCCAUAGAUCACAACGGGCCGCCCCUGUCCCCGCAGGAGACGGACUGUGCCAUCGAAGCCCUCAAGGCCCUCUUCAACGUCACAGUCGACAGCUGGAACGUCCACAGCGAGAGUGAUUCUCACCAGUUCCGUGUCAUGGCCGCGGUCCUGCGCUACUGCCUACUCACCAUGGGUCCAACUGAAGACAAAACAGAGGAGCUUCACAGCAAUGCAGUCAAUCUUUUAAGCAAUGUUCCAGUCUCUUGCUUGGACGUCCUCAUCAGCCCAUUAGCCCAGGACGAAAUUGCCCAGGAGGCAACAACUCUGGAUGAGUCAGCCCAAGAAGCUGAAACGAGGGAAGAAGAAGCCAGUCUGAAGUACAAUACCAUGGUAUACAAUGGUAUGAACAUGGAGGCAAUUCGUGUUCUCCUUGACUUUAUGGAGAAGAGAAUUGACAAGGGAAGCUGCUAUCGGGAGGGCCUGACUCCAGUGCUCAGUUUACUAACUGAAUGUUCCCGAGCUCACCGUAACAUCCGGAAAUUCAUUAAAGACCAGGUCCUGCCUCCUCUGAGAGAUGUGACCAACCGCCCCGAAGUCGGCACCACCGUGCGGAACAAGCUGGUGCGCCUCAUGACUCAUGUUGACCUUGGGGUCAAGCAGAUCGCAGCCGAAUUCCUCUUUGUCCUUUGCAAAGAGAGAGUGGACAGCCUCCUGAAAUACACCGGAUACGGCAACGCAGCAGGCCUUUUGGCAGCCAGGGGCCUCCUGGCGGGAGGAAGAGGAGACCACUGGUACUCGGAUGAUGAGGACACAGACACGGAAGAGUACAAGUCUGCAAAGCCCAACAUUAAUCUUAUCACUGGUCAUUUAGAGGAGCCCAUGCCAAACCCCAUAGAUGAAAUGACAGAAGAACAAAAGGAAUACGAGGCCAUGAAACUUGUCAACAUGCUUGAUAAACUUUCCAGAUGCUCUCUCCACUAUAUCACGCUGGACUCUGACGGCCUGGGUUCGUAUCCCAGCUCUGACACUGACUAGCUGUGGGAACUUUGGGCAAGUUUCUCCAUCUUUCUGAGAGAGGAGGUGAUUAAGCCAAUGGGUGUGAGGCCGGAUGGGACAAUGGCUCCUUUGGAGGAAACUCUCUGUCAGUACCACGUCACCAAGGAGAACAGCUCUGACUCCGACUGAAAGAAUCACCUGCUCCACUCUCAAUAUCGCUUUCAUCAGCAUCUUUCUCUGUAGCCCCAGGGGGAAUCCUUUCUCUCCAACAUCUAGGCCCUUGCUUUGGCUGGAAGCACAUUAUUAACUGGUUUACUUCUCCAGCAUCCGGGAUACUGAAAGGGGUGAUUCUGUGGGAUUUGCAAUAUUGAAAUAAGCAUUGGUACAAAAUGUCAGUGGGCUGCAGUUUACCCAAGAGCUGGGGAGGGGGGGAGGGUUGAUGUGUAGGGACAAAAGUUAUUGCAUUUCAUCAGGGUGGGACUGACGGGCUGCCUCUGAACGGUUGGUCUGACGGGCCCGGUCAGAAAGGAUGGCGGUGCCGGUCCACUCAGUCAGACAAGUUCCUCCCCUUCCAAGCUCCUCGGAAAGUGGCUUCCAGCGAGGACCGAAUCAUGUUACAUGUGUUAGCUCAUGCCUGACUAGGUGAAGCCGGAGCGGCUGCUCCAUGACCCCAGUACCAUCUCCCCACUCACACAUCUCAAUUAUACUGAAAUCUAUCAUAUGAAUAUCUAUGUAUACACGCACAUGCACGGGAUUGCACAAGGGCUGCCCCCAACCUGCAUGGUUUGUAACUCAGAAUGCAGUUUCCCAUAGACUGGUCAUUAUGCAUGGUGGUUAGGUUCCUAGAUCAGCCCAGACAAACCAACCAACCCCUAUUUAAUCCCCCAAAUCUAUUUAACCUGCAGUGUCCCUGAUGUAUUGUACAUAAUAAUAGAUUAGUUUCUAGCUGAUAUUGCCCCUAUGGGGAACGUGCAUUCUGAGUUCCAAACCAGCUGGCCUCACCCCAGCAGCGGCUUCAGGCUAGGGUCUCUGGCAAUGGCAGCUGCUUGGGGGUGGGGAGGGCUGAGGAGGGGAGACCAACUUUGGUGUUGGAGUAAGGCAAGGGCUUAGGCCUAUUCGGUGUCUCGGUUAGGGGCCGCCUCUCUGUGUGUCUGUGUCCCUAGAGAUCCAUUCAUUACCGUACAUAAUCAGGUUGUUAAUGGUAACUUUAUAUAUUUAAAAAAAAAAAACGAGUAAGACCACACAGUUGUUGGUUACUGCUGAUUUUAUUAGGGAUGUUCAUUUUUAUUUUUAGAGUGUGUCAGGAUUUUAGGACCGAAGGGUAGAAAAAUGAAUCAUGUCAUAGGAUGAGGGACCUACUAGAUCAAGUCAAAAGGAGUUUGGUUUCCUUUUUAUACAUAUAUAGAUAAUGUGCUUAACCACUGCCUUUUAAAACUUUAAAUUAAAUAAAAUGUUGGGGUUGAUUC